AUGGGACACCUUUGCUUGAAUGGAUUUAAGGAGGGUUAUUAUUAUUGGACUUGCCAUGGUGAAAAAAGGCCUCCAAUUCCGCCAGUGGAUUUAGACAACUACUAUUAUGGAGGUAAUAAGGUUCGAGAAGACUUUAAUGACUUUGAGCAAAUGGUAAUGGAUGCUGCUGGACCAUCUCUUGGUACCUAUCUUGAGGAACAAGAGUUUGAUUGUGGAGAAGAAAUGAGGGAAGAUCCUAACCCCGAGGCAAAAAAAAAUUUUGAUAUGUUGAAAGCUGCGCAAGCUCCCUUGUAUAAUGGUUGUGCAAGUUAUUCUGAACUUUCAGCCGCAAUACAAGCUUUAAGUAUCAAAUCUGACUUUAAUAUCUCUGAGACUUGCUUUAAUCAAUGGGUGAAUUUUAUAGGAAAGGCAUUUCCAAAUGACAAUCGAAUGCCAAAAAAUUUCUACCACGCAAAGAAAUUUGUGCAAAAGCUUGGAUUAGGCUGCAUUAAGAUUCAUUGUUGUCCUAAUGGAUGCAUGAUUUAUUACUCUCCUGAUGAUAAGAAUCUUCGUAAUUGUAAAAUAUGCGGUGAAGAUCGUUUCAAAAGUGUCAUUAGAAAUGGUAAGGUUAGAGAAGUUCCUUUAAAAAAGAUGUGGUAUUUCCCUCUUAUCCCAAGGCUUCAAAGACUUUAUUCCUCAAUGCAAACUGCAAGUCAAAUAAGGUGGCAUCGUGAGAAUAUAAGAGAGUCUAGAUACUUAUGUCAUCCAUCUGAUGGAGAAGCUUGGAAGCAUUUUGAUGAUGUAUAUCCUGAAUUUGAAAUGGACCCUCGAAACGUGAGACUAGGUUUGUGUGCUGAUGGAUUUGCACCAUUUGAUAAAACAGGUAGGACAUAUUCAUGUUGGCCGGUAAUUCUUACUCCUUACAAUCUCCCUCCUUGGAUGUGCAUGAGAAGAGAGUUCUUAUUCUUAACCAUUAUAAUUCCUGGCCCUUCAAAUCCAAAAGGGAGAAUUGAUGUGUACAUGCAGCCUCUCAUAGAUGACCUUAAACUUUUAUGGAAUUCUGGUGUGAUGACUUAUGUUGUCUCACUACAUCAAAAUUUUGUCAUGAAAGCUUGUCUCUUAUGCACGAUUAAUGACUUUCCUGCAUAUGGAAUGUUGUCAGGUUGGAUGACAAUGGGUAAACUUGCAUGUCCAAUUUGUAUGGAUUCUACGAAAGCAUUCACCCUUGAACAUAGUCGCAAGACAACGUUUUUUAUUGUCAUCGCCAAUUCCUGCCUCCUGAUCAUUGCUAUAGAAGGAACAAGAAUGCUUUUAGAAAGAGACGAGACGAGACAUCAUUUCCCCCACAAAGGUUGA